ACAGCCCCACGGCUUGAUCUCCACCUCCUCCUCCUAAUAUGCCCCAAGCCCAUUGCCAAGCAGCCAGGCCUGUUGCCCAAAGUGUGUGGGGUAACAGGCGUAGGCAGCGAGGGUGGGUGCUCAGCACCGUCUCUUCCUCGCUGUGCUCCCCGGGGUGCCCUUGAAUCAGGAAGCUGGCGGUUUCUGCCUGGGAAAGUUCACCGCUUGGAAAGUGGGAACACACAACAGCUGGACCCGGGGAGGGCAGGAAUCCAAGGCGCUACUCGAGUGCGCGAAGUGUAGUCAUAACAACACGGUGAUGAUGUGCUAUUUUGAUAUCGUGCAUCAGAAAGAACGAAUUUAAAAAGCAAAGCAAAACCCACGGAGAGGUGUGGAGGAAGGCAUCAGAAAUAUCCGCUGAGGAUAUUCAUGGAGGAAAAGGCUGUAUCAGUGGCCCUUAAAAAAAAGAAGACGACAGGUUUCUAGCAUUUGGGAAAGUAGCUCAGGGCUUAUUUGUGUAUUAAAAGCUGUGGGGCAGAGGGAAGAUAGCUGAGCAAAAACUACAGUGCAUAGCAUCCACUGUAGUAGCACAGUGGCACAGUAAAUUAUGCCAGGCGGCAAAUCGAUGCAAAUAUGUUUUAUUUUAUUAUUUUAUCGAAGUCUCAGCUAUCGAAGUCAUACGAGGAGGUUAAACAUUAAUGGAACUCAAACUGAGGAGAAAGCAGUAAGGUGCAAAAGGUUAUGGAGUGUGGCAACAAGGAGUCAGACAGUGCACGUGUUUUCAGAAGUAAGCCCCACUGGGCUCAAUGGGGUUAAUUCCCCAGUUAAUGUGCAUACUUGCUAAAACAGCUGACCUGUGAAACUCAAUGAUCUAGGAUCACGCUAUUGUACGCACACAGCAGGCUUCGAGCUUCUGUUUUGUUUUUAAAGGAUCAAUUUCAUUAGAAGAGUCUAUCAACAUCUACGGAACUGCCAUCCUAGGGGCCAAAUGUUUCUGCUCCCCAGCCGGCAGGAUGGUGGUGCUACAGAGCUACUGUGAGGGGAACGAUUCCCUGGCGCAGGCAUGGGCUCAGCAGGGGCUGUACCCCUGUUUCUACUUCACACUGGUGCCCUCUGUGCAGCUCAGUGUCUGCCUCCUCUUGGGGGCCCUGCAGUACGCUUGCUAUGCCCGGUUCAGCCGCACCAUGGAGCCAAAGUAUAUCCCACGCUCCCGCCUGUACCACGUCCAAGUUCUCCUCUCUCUGCUCCUUGCGCUGCUGCCCUUUGUCACUUUUCUGUGGCAGGUGUUGGGCGUGCAACAGCUUUAUGGGUACAUGGUGCUGUACGCCUGCCUCUCUGCUGCGAGCUGGACCAGCUCAGUUGGGCUGCUCCACCUGGAACGCACCAGGGUUCUGGCGCAGGACCGGAUCAGAGGCCAUGGUGCCAUCCUCCUCCUUUUUUGGGCUCUGGCUUUCGCAGCAGAGAACCUGGCCUUCAUCUCCUGGAACAGCCCACUCUGGUGGUGGGGCUUGGAAAACGCCAACCAGAAGGUACAAUUCAGCCUGUGGUUACUGCGCUACUUCUGCACCUUCGCCCUCUUUGCCCUGGGGAUAAAGGCCCCAGGGUUGCCCCGAAAACCCUACAUGCUGCUGAUCAAUGAAGAUGAACGCGACGUGGAGCACAGCCAGCCCCUGCUUCCAGAUGCCAGGCGGCAUCGCUCCACCUGGAGGGAUCUGGGCCGGAAGAUAAGCCUCCUCAUACAGUACAUGUGGCCCAAGGGGAGCUACCCACUACAGGGACUAGUGAUCGUCUGCCUGAUGCUGAUGGGGCUGGAGCGUGGCAUCAACGUCUUCGUGCCCCUCUACUACAAGUACAUUGUGAACGAUCUGACGACAGGGGCUAGUUGGCGUAUCCUGGUUCAAACUGUCUGCAUCUAUGCGGCCCUCAAGUUCCUCCAGGGAGGAGGUGCUGGCUCCUCUGGCUUCAUUAGCAACAUGCGCACUUUCCUGUGGAUCCGCGUGCAGCAGUUCACCAGCCGCGAAAUCCAGGUCCAGCUCCUCAGGCACCUCCACAGCCUCUCCCUUCGGUGGCACCUCGGUCGCAAGACGGGCGAGGUGCUGCGCAGUGUCGACAGAGGCACUAGCAGCAUCAACAACCUUCUCAGCUACAUUGUCUUCAGCAUCUUCCCCACGAUAGCCGACAUCAUAAUUGCGAUUGUGUAUUUCACCACAACCUUCAGUGCCUGGUUCGGCCUUAUCAUCUUCCUCUGCAUGAGCUUUUAUCUCGCUUUGACUAUUAUAAUGACUGAGUGGCGAACAAAGUACCGCCGUGAAAUGAAUACUCGUGACAAUGAAGCCCGUUCCCGAGCUGUUGACUCACUUCUUAACUUUGAGACGGUGAAAUAUUACAAUGCUGAGGACUAUGAGGCUACCCGCUUCAAUGACGCCAUUGUCAAGUACCAGGUCUCCGAAUGGAAAGUCAAUGCAUCACUGGCACUGUUGAACCAGACCCAGAAUCUAGUGAUCGGGGCGGGGCUGCUGGCCGGAUCCCUACUGUGUGCUUACUAUGUGACCAAGAGGAGGCUCCAUGUGGGAGAUUAUGUUCUCUUUGGCACAUACAUCAUCCAACUAUACACCCCACUGAACUGGUUUGGCACCUAUUACAGAAUGAUCCAAAGCUCAUUUGUUGACAUGGAGAACAUGUUUGAGCUCUUCAGCGAGGAGGAGGAAGUGAAGGACGUACCAGGUGCUGCAGACCUUCGUUUUCUGGCAGGACGCGUGGAAUUUGAAAAUGUCUAUUUUGGCUAUGUGGAAGGGAGGGAAGUCCUGCGUGAUGUUUCCUUCACAGUGAUGCCUGGGCAGACCCUUGCACUGGUGGGACCCUCUGGCUCAGGAAAGAGCACCAUCAUUCGCCUGCUCUUCCGCUUCUAUGACGUGUGGGGAGGCUGCAUCCGAAUUGAUGGGCAGGAUAUCUCCAAGGCCAAGCAGGCUUCUCUGCGCUCCCACAUUGGUGUGGUGCCUCAGGACACUGUCCUCUUUAACGAUACCAUUCGCAACAACAUUCGGUAUGGACGCAUCGAUGCCACCAACGACGAGGUGAUCGAGGCAGCGAUCACGGCUAAUAUCCAUGAACGCAUCCUCACCUUCCCCGAUGGUUAUGAUACACAGGUUGGUGAGCGAGGUCUGAAGCUGAGUGGAGGGGAGAAGCAGCGAGUCGCUAUUGCCCGCACCAUCUUGAAGAACCCCCAGAUCCUCUUCUUUGAUGAGGCGACGUCAGCGCUGGACACCAAGACUGAGAGGACUAUCCAGGCAUCCCUGGCUAAAGUGUGUGCGAACCGCACCACCAUCAUCGUAGCUCACAGGCUUUCCACGGUGAUCAAGGCUGAUCAAAUCCUAGUUAUCAAGGAGGGCCGAGUGAUGGAGCGAGGAAGGCACGAAGAGCUAGUGGACAAAGGUGGCCUCUACUCUGACAUGUGGCUGCAACAAGGAAGUGACACGGAGGUGGAGAGCAAGACCAGUGUUGAGUCAACUGCAGAAAGCAAGGCCAGUGCUUCGACCAAAGCAGGAAGCAAGGAAAAGACAGAGGAGGGGGAGACAGAGGAGGGGGAAGAAGAGGAGGGGGAAGAAGAGGAGGGGGAGGAAGGGGAGGAAGAGGAGGGGGAAGAAGAAGAAGAGGAGGAGGAGGAGGAGGAAGAAGAAGAAGAAUCAUCCAAGAAAUGAGAACUACUGAGCAGCUGACAGUGACAACAGCAAAUCCUACAAGGAUGUGGCUUCGAAGCCAAAAAGGCAGCAGCUGCCACCUCUGCUGUUAGAUUUGUGAACCUCCUCUGUAUGGCAUAAAGGGGGGAAUGCUCAGACACCCAGAGCACACAGCAGAUCCACUAAGUUAGCAGUGAGGCCAUGGAGACCAAACUGGAGGAAGACUACAGGCUGCGUACAGUUCCCAGCAUGCAGUUCUUCAUGAGCAGGACCUGCACAUAGUGCUAGAGCAACUUCAGAGUAUAUUCUCCAAGCUACUGCCAGCGUUCCUGGGAAAGCUGUUGCUUGGUGAUCCAGGUGUAUUAUCAGGGAAUUGUGAAAGGGGUGGGGGGGGGAGGCAGGGACCAGGGCUGCCUUGCCCCACCGUUCUCCCCAGCAAAAUGUCUUCCCUUGCAAAGAUGAAUGGGGUGUGGAGGUGGGGGGCAUGCAUGAACGUUUGCCAGCACUUUGUAUACAACCACAGAGGGAGAAGCCUGCAGAAUGGCUGUGUGUGUGUUUUUGUAAGUUCUGAUUUUGAGGUGUCCCGUUUUAAUUUUCAUAAAGUCAAAAAAGUGUUUUCA